CACAGGAUGAUUACACACACAUUUGGGUGCAUUCAGAACAGAAAAAAGAGUGGAAAAUGUAUCUCAAAGUGAUUGAAUAAUGAAAUAAUACUUACCUCUUGUAAUAUAAAAUGACUUGCCGACUGGAUAAUCUGGCUGCAAAAAUGACAAACAAUUUGUUAAUAUUUGUUCCACAAACGUUGUGCACCGAACGGUCUGGCUAUGUACUUGGUAAAGUAAUACACGACACCUGCAGUGGCUUGAAAAAGUUUUACAUUAUCAGUUUGCGUAAGGUGGGCUCAGUAGAAUCAACUAAGUCUACAUUAGAUAUUAUCGGAUGUCAUUCUAAUGAGACCGAGGCUGUUGAAGAAUUUUUAGAACGAAAACAUGCAAACUGGGUACACAUUGCGACAAAACCUUCAGAGAAUGGACGGAACAAAGAAUACCAUCUAUUGAACAUCAUUCUUAAUAAUAAAAAAAUUGAUCUAUCAGCAAUGCGCACGAUGAUCAUUUUAUAUAACCAGCAAGCGCUGCUAGAAACAGAAUUGUUUGAGAGUAAAACAACAUCGGGCGAUCAUUUUCACGAACUUGCUAAGCUUAUACAGAGUAAGAAGGACGAAUUGAGAAUAAAGUCUAGAUUUGUUCAUAUCUGGGAGACUCUGUUGACUUAUCAUAUAUCCUUUUACUUGCAUCUUGUUUUGUUACUAUCCAAAAUAACAGACAGAUUAUUGCCGAUUUUGAAGUACUCUUCUCUUGGCUUACAUGUCUAUCACUGGCUGGAAAAUGUCAAGUGGAUGUUAGCAACAGUUAUACGAAAUAGAGACUUUAAACUGAAAACAGGAAACUAUGCUCUAGCAAUUAUAAUAGAUAUAGCAUUAGGAAUCUUCGUAUUGCGACUACUGAGAUAUUAUAUCGAAGAUCAACCGUCACAGCUUCUUCUAAACAAUGCAGAGAAAGUUGUGGAGAGUCUAAAGGAGCUAAUUAAUUGGUUGAUGGGUGUACCAGCUGGCUUAAAGCUUAAUCACGUCUUAAACAAUACCAUGGGCAAAUUCUUCUUGUAUCAUAUACAGCUCUGGUGGACAUUUUUAAUAUUUUCAAAACCGCUUCUAGAUUUCGCGUUUGAAGUACUGCUCUUGUUUGGACGGCUUGGCAUCACAUUUCAAAUAUCCAUCGUCGCAGACCUUCUGGCUCUUGUCAGCUUUCACACGUACUGCAUUUACGUUUAUGCAGCAAGACUCUUCAAUAUUCAGCUGAGAGGAAUCACGGCUCUCUUUAGACUUUUCCUUGGAAAGAAGAAUAAUCCCCUACGCGAAAGAGUGGACUCUUGUCAAUAUCAGACGGAUCAGCUGUUUGUGGGAACGCUGUCAUUUACCAUUCUCCUGUUCCUAAUGCCCACAACGUGGGUGUACUACACUGUAUUUACUCUGCUCAGAUUAGCGUCUAUCGCAUUUGGCGGUUUUCUGACCAGACUGAAGUUCUAUCUACAAGUUAUGCCUGUUUACACCUUUUGGAGAUGGUUGAUGCGGUCUUACUGCACUUGUAGUAUCGUUGACAUCAGAUUACACCCUUCCUGUACGAAAGAAUUGACAGUAUUAUCGAUGACAAUGGUUGUGGCUCCUUGGAGACUUACGUGGAAAAAAUGCAUUCCAGACACAAUUAUUUGCUAUCCAUCCAUUGAGUGGUGCACAAUAUUGAAUAAUGUUAUAUGGGGUUAUUUAUUAUAUCCAUUAUAAAAAAAACAUCUUAAACAUUUUAAAUAUAUCAAUAUUUUUUUAU